AUGUCAAACCAAACACCUGAAUCCUGGGAGGAUGAGCUCUCCCGCCAGGCUGAGGGCGUUAAUCUGAACGCACAAUCUCGCCCUCAGGCCCAAGCACCCUCAUUCCAACCUGGCGCCGCCUCUUUCACACCUGGAGCCUCUUCCUUCGUCCCCGGACAACAGUACCAACAGUAUGCUGGUUACCCCCAGCAGGGAUAUUCUCAGUACGGCCAACAACAGGCCUACGGUGGCUACCAGCAGCAUCAAGCCUACGGCCAGUACAACGCCUAUGCCCAACAGCCUGGUGGCUUCAACCAGUACAACAAUGGACAGCAACAGCAGCAAUACGGUGGUUAUACCCAGCAGCCUCGCCAUAAUGCGCCUGUAGCAGCACAGCAGCAACCCCAGGCUGCAGCACCGGCUCAGUCUGCUCCCAAGACUGCAUCAAAUGCUGCGCCCAAGGCCAAGGUUCUGUCCAUCGGUGCCCCCUCCUCCAGCGCUGCCCCCAAGACCAAGGUCCUUUCGAUCGGCACUCCUACGCCGGCAGCCAAGCCUGUUGACACUACCCCCAAGGAGGCCAAUGGUGAUACCAAGGGCGCCGCAGCUGCUGAGGCAGGCUCAAAGGUGGCGGCCACCAAGGGCCUUGACAAGACAGAUAAGGCCGCUGUCGCUGGCAAAUCUUCUCCCACGCCAUCAUCUGACCGCUCUAGCCCAGCCCGCGGUGAGAUGGCCAAGCAAGCUCGCGAUGCCAAUGCCGUCGCAAAGUCUCAGCUAGCUGAUGUUGAUGACGCAACUCUAAAGGAAAUCUACGGUGAGCGCAGAGAGCACGUUAACGUUGUCUUCAUCGGCCACGUCGACGCUGGCAAGUCCACCCUGGGAGGUUCUCUCUUGCAUGCCACCGGCAUGGUCGACGAGCGUACACUGGACAAAUACAAGAAGGAGGCCAAGGAAGCUGGUCGAGAGACCUGGUACCUCUCGUGGGCUCUUGAUCUGACCCAGGAGGAACGCUCCAAGGGUAAGACAGUCGAGGUUGGCCGUGCUUUCUUCAAGGUCACCAUCCCGCACCCGGAGGGUGAUAUCGAGCGUCAAUUCUCGAUCUUGGAUGCGCCUGGUCACAAGUCCUAUGUUCCUCAUAUGAUUGGUGGUGCGUCUCAGGCUGAUCUCGGUUGUUUGGUGAUCUCUGCCCGUAAGGGUGAGUACGAGACUGGAUUCGAGAAGGGUGGCCAGACCCGCGAACACGCGUUACUUGCAAGAAACACUGGCGUUUCCAAACUUAUCAUAGCGGUGAAUAAGAUGGAUGACCCUACUGUCGAGUGGGACAAGGCCCGUUUCGAAGAAUGCACCGUCAAAGUCAUCAAAUUCUUGGAAGCCCUGGGGUAUAAGAAGUCGGACAUUUUCUGCAUGCCUAUCUCUGCCCAGCGUACCAUCGGUAUCAAAGACCGAGUCCCCAAAGAAUUGUGCGAUUGGUACGACGGUCCGUCGCUGCUCGAAUUCCUGACUGCAUUCGAGCUCCCCGAGCGUAAGGUCAACGCGCCGUUCAUGAUGCCGAUCAGUGCCAAGUACCGUGACAUGGGUACCAUGGCAGAGGGUCGCAUUGAGUCCGGUAUCAUUAAGAAGAGUGGUACCUAUCUCAUGAUGCCUAACCGCGAGGAGAUUCAAAUCUCUGCUAUGUACGGUGAAACAGAAGAAGAGAUUUCGACCGCCAAGGUUGGUGACCAAGUUCGCCUGCGUAUCCGUGGCAUUGAGGAAGAAGACUUCUUCCCUGGUUUCGUGCUCUGCUCGCCUAAGCGCCCCGUUCACUGUGUAUCUGCUUUCGAGGCUAAGAUUCGUAUCUUGGAUCUGAAGAACAUUCUGACAGCCGGUUUCAACUGUGUCCUGCACGUCCACUCCGCUGUUGAGGAAGUUACUUUCGCCGCUCUUCUUCACAAGCUCGAGCCCGGCACCGGCCGCAAGAGCAAGCGCCCUCCCCAGUUCGCCAGUAAGGGCCAGACCAUUAUUGCCCGUCUCGAGGUUACUAGCACCGCUGGUGCGGUCUGUGUCGAGACUUACGAAGAGUACAACCAAUUAGGUCGUUUCACCCUGCGUGACCAGGGUCAAACCAUUGCCAUUGGUAUGAUUACCAAGCUCAUCACUUCCGAGACCGAGGCCCAGUGA